AUGCCUGGAAACGCCAAGAGUGGCCUGGGACCCACGCAGCUGCCAGGGCCAGAGUCCCUCUGCAUCGCGCACGCCCUGCGCGAAUUUUGUGGGGCUUACUUGGCCGGCUUUGGCCCCAAGAAGCGGUGGCGGGGCAACCUGUUCAGCAAUAAGGUUGCAGGACCCAACAACAACGUCGAAGCCUACCUCGGCCGGUUCGAGUUCCAAGAUGGCGCCAAAUCACACCGCUACGGCAAGGGAAGGUGGUCCUUGCACGUACACCUCCUGUUCUGGUUCCACAACUUCCGAGCCACCUUCCUGGAAGACGCCAUCUGCGCCGAAAUGCUCGUCGACCCGGUGUACCCACAGUGGAUCGACACUAUCCAAGAAGCCGAUGCUGCCUACGGAAUCAUCACACGGGACUCUCCGUAUCGGGUCUAUGUAGCAUCUUUCUACUUCUGCACCUACACGCUCACCUCUGUGGGCUAUGGGGAUAUCGGGCCCCAGAACAUCUUGGAAAGGACUUUCCUCAGUGGCGUGGUGCUCAUCGCUGGUCUUUCUUGGGCUUACAUCAUCGGCCGCUUCGGCAGGGGUAUCGGUCACUCCAUGGCUUUAUCCGUGACUGCUGAAUGGCUGCAGACGAGUAACUUGAGCCGGCGCCAACAGCGGCAGCACGAGGAGAAUCCGGAGGCCGCCCGUUGGACUUCGACCUGGGGCUCUCCAGGGACUUCCUCUGGCCACACCCCCUCAAAGCAGGGCGGAAGUGCUGGCGCAGCACAGUGGUUCGAUGGAGAAACUUCCAUCCGAGACCGUGUGGACGUAAGAGCCCUGUACCUUAGCGCCUUAGCAGCUAUUGCCAGCCAACGUCCUUCCGAAAGCAACAACAGCAAAGCCUGCUUGCUUGGAGUACUCCCACAGCCAUGGCCUCUGCUGCUUCUGCCAUGA